CUUCCUCUUCUGUCUGAAGAUAAAAAUCCUGAAUGUAACAUCUCCUGUGAGUGGGAAGAGCCUUCUAUAGUGUGUGGAACAGAUGGACGAACUUACCAAUCACCUUGCGAGAUAGAGCGCGCGCAAUGUGAGGGCUACCCUGUGAAAGUGAAAGACGAAGGACAGUGUCCAGAUUCUCCUCACUGUUUCGAAGUUCGAGGGUUAGCGAUAGCUCAAGCUUCGGAAGGUAACCGCAAGGUGAUCAUUCCACAAUGCAAGGAAGACGGUUCCUAUAUGGAAAUCCAAUGUCAUCGGACCUCAGGGUAUUGCUGGUGUGUGGACAAUAACGGGAAACACAUACAGGGUACAUCCGUCAGAAACAGACCGCCCAACUGUAACCAACCAGGUAAACGAAGUAACAAGCGUCGAUCUUCAGGACGAAGACGAAGAAAAGGAUGCAGUAACACUGACAAAACGACGUUUAAUAAUAAUCUGGUGAAAAUUUUCAAGUCUGAAUACGAACGAUUGGAAAACCCGCCUGAUUUUGGGUUACCAGCUAACCAAGAGACUCAACGGGUCAUCAGAUGGAAGUUUGACCAAUUGGAUACAAACAAAGACAACGUGCUUGGAAAGAGGGAAGUCCGAGAUCUUCGUCGGAUGGCUAAGAAAAUUAUUGAGCCACGACAGUGUGCCAAAACAUUUGUCAGGCAUUGCGAUUUUGAUCACGAUAAAAAUAUUUCUCAAGUAGAAUGGUCAAAAUGUCUUGUGACAGAUAUAAGUAAGGAGACCCCCGUGAGUGCAUCGGCAGAGAUGAAACCAUCACCAACAGACCAUACUGGUAAACCAUGGGGACGACCUCUUCUCCAACCUCAGCCAACGCCGAGAAAAACUACCUUUCUUCGAGAAAGUGACGAAGACGUUUUGGAAAAGUGUAACGUAGUAAGAGAACGAGCGCUUGAAACCCAGAGAACGACACCUCAUAGCGGAGUAUACAUUCCCGAGUGUAAAAAGAAUGGACGCUACAAGGACAUCCAAUGUUUCAAGAAUAAGGAAAACUCCGUCUGUUGGUGCGUAAGACCCACAAAUGGGAAGCCAAUCCAUGGAACCACAUCUCGAAACGGACGACCAAGAUGCAGGAAAAUGCGAAGAAAUGCCAAAAUAUUUAAAGGCUGUAGAAUUCACAAGAAGCAGAUUUUUCUAAACGAAUUCCUAGAAUAUUUGGCCAAUGAAAUGAUGACCUCGGCUCGAAACAUCUCAUUUAGCACUACUGGAAGACCAACAAAUGAACAGGCUGCACGAUGGAAGUUUAAAGAAAUAGAUCUUAAUAAUAAUAAGAUUCUUGAGCGACUAGGUAAAGAAUGGAAAACCUUUCGCGGUUCUUGGAGGACUUUUAGAAAGUCUAAAAGAAGCCGGAAGCGACUCAAAAAAUGCUGGAGAAAUUUACUUUGGUACUGCGACAAAAUAGGUGAUGACGACAAAAAUGUGAACUUGGAAGAAUGGCUACAAUGUACAGAAGUAAAUAAAGAUGAAAUUCGAAGACCCUAUGAUAUUCAUCGAGGAAAAAAUCCUUUUCACAAAAUACUGAAACCCCUACCAGCAAUUUAGUCAACUGUUACUACCACCAUCACCAUGUGUCUCCUUCUAUCAGUGGGUAUUUUAUUUCAACUCAACCUCAAGUGCUACCGAUUCACACAAAGUAACUAAUGCCAUCUAGACUUCCAACACUAUUUUUUAAUGUUUAGAUAUUGAAAAUAUUCAAACAAUAUUAAACGCAUUUUAAAAUGUAAAUGAAUUAUGUGACAACUAAUAACAAAUGAACAUGACUUGAAAGUUUUGUUUUGCUGCGAACAGUGCUAGUGUGCUAGUCUUUGGAGAUCGGGUACCCACUGUUGUUUUCUGUCUCGUGGCGUCAUCUGGCGUUAAACAUAAAAUUAAGAUAUCCAUAUACAACAUUUAAAAGUCGUCGCUAAUCAGUUUACCGAACUUGUGUCUUAAUAUUGUACCUGAAUGAACACGUAGUUUCUGAUGGCUAAGAUUUAUAAGUGAUUUGGUUCUUCUCAGGAAUCUAAAGAAGAGGACUGAUAAAGAGUGUAGUCCAGAAUUCUUUUUUUUUCCGGGAACAAGAAAAAAUAAUUAGAAUUUACAAACCAAGUAUUUUAAUUUUUUUCCUUACGUCAUAUCCAUAAACGUUCAAAAUUAUAUGAUUUCCAUAGUUUUAAUUCUGAGGUUUGAGCUAUGGACGAUAUAAAUGUUAUUUUUUUUAUAUUACGUAAUAUACAAUAUUUACCUUUGAUAUGUUUCAUUUUAUUUUUCCACAUUUAAAAAUUCUUUAAUCAAGGGUUUUCUCAUUUUAUACCGAACUCAAAAUUUCGAAAGAUUUCUACAAAAUGUACGCUUUUGGAUUUUAAGAGAAAUUCUUAUACUUUUCGUUGUUUUUCUAAUGACUAAUAUUAGACCAGAAGUUAAUGUAUGUUUAUUUGUUAUUACAAAGGAUUUAAAUUAGACUCGUUUAAACAUUGCUCAAUGAAAAAUGCAAAUAUUUUACAAUAUUUAGCAUAAUUAUAAAAUCAUGUUGGUAUAAGACCAUUUUUUCUCAAUCUUUAAAUUUCUGUACAGUCAGAUACUUUAAUUAAUUUAAAAUAAUGUUAAGCAAGUCUAUACGGUAGAUAUUUGAUACCAGUUGAAAGAUACUGCUUAUAAGGAAAAAGAUUUGCUUAAAAAUGGCUUAUAAUAUAUAUAUAUAUGAAAGAAAAUUAAAAUUGAAUUUGAGUACUGAAAUAAAUUCUAUUAAUAAGGACAGUUCAUUGUUAACAACGGCUUUAUUAAAUUUAUUAACUAAAAAUAUUGGUAAUAAGUAGAGGUUUUAUUAAAUUCAUUAACUAACGUUAUGGUCGCUUUUUUCUAUUAUUGUUUAUUUUCCGAGUACUUGGUUAUAUUUUCUUGUGAAUGAAUCUUACCCCUUCCCUUAAUACAAUGCGAAUAUUAAAACGUGAACAACAAUUACGUGAGCAACUAAUAGUAGUCUCUUUAAAGCCUACUGAUGGAUGGGUGCUAGCAGCUCUAAUAGUAGUUUCUAUAAAGCCUACUGAUGGAUAGGUGCUAGAGCACCUAUCCAUCAGUAGGCUUUAUAGAAACUACUAUUAGCGCUGUUAGCAUCGAUCCAUCAGUAGGCUUUAUAGAGACUGGUAGUUAGAGCUUAGCAGCCCUAAUAGUAGUAUCUAUAAAGCCUACUGAUGGAUAGGUGUUAGCAGCCCUAAUAGUAGUAUCUAUAAAGCCUACUGAUGGAUAGGUGCUAGCAGCCCUAAUAGCAGUCCCUGUAAAGCCUACUGAUGGAUAAGUGCUAGCAGCCCUGAUAGCAGUCUCUAUAGGGUAAGCGUUGAUACGUGAAGUUCUCAUAACCAUGCUAUAAUGAUAGAAAUAUGCAGCUUUGUAACUUUGUUCACCAGUUGUACUUUCUUUGGUUGCUCAAUACCUUUGGCUCUGCUUCUUAAUUCUUAUACGACAAAAAAAAUAAACUAAAUAGAAGGCUUUCAUUAAGACUACGAGAAUACUAACUAACUUGUUGCAAUCUUCUCAAAAUUCUAAGGAAAGAAGCCAUGUUCAAGUGGAAAGGGCUUUGUCAUUACAAAAGAAAUCCACUAAUUUAGUAGACAGUUUUAAACUAAAAAUAUCUAAAGUAUUAUUUUUUCCUGUAUAUUUAUAAGGGUUUAGCAAUAACCACUCAUCUAGUUUUCUAUAUAUGCGUUCAGACUCAAAUACGAGUUUCUAUAGUUAGGACGAAUAAUAAUGAAUCUUAGAAGAAAUAUUGGGAAUGUAAGUGUUAUACAGCAUCAUUAUUUCUGUUUGGUUGUAAAAUGGUAACCAACACUAUGGCCAAAAACGUAAGGCAUGAUAUUUGAUCCAAAGAAAGAAAUCGAAUUUUAAAUAAUACAUACUUCACAUAUCGCUUUGUCACAUAUUUUGCCCAUAUUUCUUUGCAUAUAUUUUAAUAUUACUUCAAAAUUAUUUUUAAUUAUUUUGUUGUAUCAAUGUAAAGAUAAAUCAGUAUCAUAUUUUAAACAUUCUUUUUACGUUGCCCAGUUGCAGUGUUCCAAGAGCCUAAAAAUGUAGAAAAGGUGAGAUGAAGGAGUCUCGUUUUUUUUUUAGAUUUCAUUUUAGCUUUUUUUAAACCGUUUUUUGUUUUGCUAACUUAUCUGUAAUGAAAAUAUAAAUCAUUUGUGAUGUUUUAAUGGUGUUUACGACUUGCUAAAUCAAGAGAGAGAAAAUACAACACCUUGCAAAACCUAAGUCUUUUGAGACGCAUUCUCAAAUGCAGAAUGAGGAGAAUAUUAGAGUAUUUUUCCAGCUAUACGGGUUAAUACCAGUUGACAUAAUCUGUGAAGGACAGAUGGAAAUUUUCACCAUUGUUGUUUUUAUUUUUUCCGUAUGCUUAAUCGGAAAGGUUACCACGACUGCUGUAGGCGGAUUAUUUACAACGCAUAUAGGGCCAAUUCUAAGGCAAUUCCGAUUAUAAACUUUUUUCUUGUGGAAUUAUAUAUGUCAUAGUUUUGUAUAUAGCACUACUGGGUAUACUUGCAUCUUUUAUAGGUUUCGACGUAUUAUGUUUUAUAGUAUAAGGUGAGACAAAUGUAUCCAACUCACCUUAACGGUUGUCUCACACUGAAGACAUAUUUAGAGUUUUGUACUUCUUUUGUUGUGCCAUAAAAAAUAUUAAAAUGCUGUGUAUGUAUUUCUAGUUUAUUUCUACUACAUGCAACUCAUCCUCUUUAAGAAAGUUCAUUAAAUAUUUGAAAACGACUAGGUUUCUCACUGAUUAAGUUAUUGUCCCAUCACGUGGAUGCUGAUAAAAUAAAAGAUGUCAA